CUAAGAGCUAUCAGGUAACAUAACUGAUAUAAUUUGAAUAUAAACAAAGCAGACAUGUACUACUUAACUGUUCAUACCUUUAAAAAACCCGACAGGAAAUGUUUGCUUGUGCGGAUAUAUCAUAAGGCAUAUGAAACACUCAACAUGGAACGAAGCCUUCAGUUGAAGCUCGGCUACGUCAAAUCCACAGCAAAAUCCAAGUCGACAGUCAGUCAGCUCUAUGACUGGCCCAGGAAGUGAUUUAGACUUUAAGAAAACAUGCGCUUGAUUUUGACGAAGUAUCAAUUCAUUUAUGUGACAUUAAUUUACUAGUAACAUAGACUCGCAUUUUCUGCUUUGAAGACAUACAUUGACUGUCUUAGUAAAACCUGAACAGACAUCCACACGAUCAAAAACCUUUAUUGGGAAGUCAUGCCAACUCUUAGGGCAACCCAGUAGUUAUGGCAAGUUCCAGGAAUUAUGAGCUAGAAUCGGAUGAAGUAGUUUAUCAAUUUUGUGAAAUUUGCCUGUUAGAUGACCAACAUAGACCCGCAGUGUCUUCUUGCAAGACAUGCAUUGACCACUUCUGUGGACCUUGCACGGUUACACAUAAGUCAAACCAUAAAGAACAUGAUAUAUUGGUAUUGCCUAAAUACAAUGUUAACUUAGAACAAAACACACAAUCCAAUUGUACGACACAAACGCUUGUCGACAAGUGCCUUAUUAGUGGUCAUGGGGAUGAGCUAUUGAAAUAUCUGUGUAGUGAUUGUGAUGCACUGGCUUGUAUAACAUGUGUUUGUACUAGGCACCGAGGGUGCAAACAAGUGAGGAAUAUCGCUGAAUCAAUAGAUUCAGUCGACUUCCAAGAGAGAAUUGCGCGAUACAACGAUAGCCUUCAUGCUUUGUCAACCAAACUUUCGAGGGCAGCAAAAACUAUGUACAUGCAGAAGGCAGGAGUGCAAAACGACCAUGCGUCCGCACGUACAACCAUCGAAAAACAGAUCAUGAAAAUGCGUUCUGAUGUAGCGGUUAACUUUAAAGUUGUUAAAGACAAAGUCGAGGAAACAAAAAACGCCGAUACAGAAACAAAUGAGUUUUGCUCAUUGAAUUGUCAUGGCAUGAAAACAAACAUUAACGCAGAAACGAACAAAGUUGAGAAUGUAAAAGGAGAUCGUCAGAAAAUACAGAGACAUAUUCGUUUGCUCAAGUCUAAAGAGCGAAUGUCAGACUUUCGUACUCAACUGCAAAAUGUUGAAGGCCAUAAUAAGUUCAAACGAUAUGAAUACCAACCUGUAGUGCGACCUAAGGCAAUUACAUCUGACAUGUUGGGUAAUCUACUCCAAAUCGACAGCCUUUUAUCUCUGAGUAGCAAUACAAAUACACAGUCGACAGACGUUGAUAUACAACAGGUCCGAAAAAUGAAACUACUCAACAACCAUUUUCUUGUUAUCAUAAAGUGGGAGAAAGUAGCGUGUUUGGAUAUUGAUAAAAUGAUAGUCAUUCAUGAAAAAUGCUGUAAGGAAAAAGUGAAUGAUGUAGCGCGCGUUGCUUCUAACCUAAUAGCAGUUACAUGUCCAAGGAGUGGAUACGUAAGAAUAUUUAACGUCAAUGAAGGCGGACGUUUGCACAUCGACCGUGCUUUAUUGGUCGAAAAAGACUGCCACGCAAUUGAACACAUCGAAACAAACUUUGUCAUAUCCUAUGGUGUCCCAACCAGUGAAGUACGACUUUACACCGAUACGGGUAUUCUUGUUCGUAUUCUCAAUAUUGACGACGAUGUAUGCCCUGCUUUACGGUCACCACUGUCGUUAGCCAUUAACCUGGAUGACAACUCUCUUUACAUCGGCGAUGCAGUCAGCGAUUGUGUUGUCAAUGUGACAUUGGAAGGGACAAUUCUAAAUAUCUGGAAAGACUUUGCCAAUCCUCGUGAUAUCACCGUCAGUGAAGAUGGUCACAUAUUAGUGUGUGGCGGUGUGUCGAAUUCGGUGCUAGAAUUGAAACCAGGACAGAUUGGUGCUUACCGGGAAUUGGUUCCAGCGACUGAUGGUUUCCUACCAAGAAGUGUUGCGUACGAUGCCAAAAGAAAGAAGUUAUUUGUUGGCUCUAGACAUGCGGGCAUCCGUAUCUACCACAUGGAGUGAUAUAUGUGUUGCUAUAACUGGAAUUCUUUAAUGAAGUGACUCGAUUAAAAAUUGAACUUGCUGCUGUUCCAUAUUUCUUGUUUGUGAUAUUUUGUUUUUGUGUUAUAUGUCUUUGGCGUUUACCCUAUGCCAUUAAAGGGGGUUUAUGUUUAAACUUUUCGCUUUUGAGCUUGUUUCUGUAGUUUUUCAUAUAAAUGUUCAUGAUAAUUGUCAUACAUGUAUCACUUACUGGAGGAUUGAAGCAGAUUGGGGUUUUCAGGUGUUCUUGAGUUCCCUUUAUAGUCCUUUAAUUGUUGAUUACACUGAAAUGUCGUACAAAACAUGCAUCUGUUCAUACAUGUAGUGUACUGUUUUAAAAGCUAUGUAAUAUUUUCGAAAUAAGCCUGUUAUUUAAAUACAGAACAAAUGUAGGUAAAAGGUAUAUGCAUUCAAACGCAGAAGUGUGACAUGAAUUGAAAGUAUAGUUUUGGAGGCCAAACCGUUUGACAUCAUCUAAACACUUGUGGCUUUGUGGUGAUUAUUUGUAUUUUGUUACCAGAGAUUUAAUUACAGACACGUGUUUAAUUUAUUUCUUAUUUGUAAAGAUAUCAUUAAGAAAUUACACGACACUGUUUAAUGAAUAACCCUCAUACAAAUAACAA